AUGGGUUUGCUGCAAUUCUUCAGCUUCGUCGGAUCGUCGAGUCCAUCGAAGAGCCUCCCAUCGCCAAUAUUCCUCUCUGAGUCCGAGAAGCUGCCAAACCCAUCCGGCAGCGUUGGCCCGCAACAACGAGUGCUUUUGCUCCAUGGCCCAAGGCAACGGUAUGUAGAGGUAACGGACCACCCUACGCCGUCGAUAUCCAGUAAUCGAGAGUUGCUCGUGCGAAACAUUGCGAUCGGCCUCAACCCUAUAGACUGGAAAGCACCAGAUUUCAAUUUUGGCAUCCCCGAGUUACCUUACAUCUCAGGGAGGGAGUUGGUGGGAGAGGUAGCCGUCUCUCCAAGACGAAAAUCCCGCUUCAAACCUCGCGACAAGGUGAUUGUUAUUUCUACCGACUACAGAGAUCUACGAAAGGCCGCAUAUCAGCAGUAUGUUGUUGCUACGGACUUCAACACGGCACGGCUACCUCCAAACAUCACUCCCGAGGCUGGCUCAGCCCUGGGUGUUGCCUUCGUAGCGGCCGUACUGUGUCUGGGGAUAUGUGCCGGAGUCGACUUUACGAGUGUUGCCAACGGACCGGAUCUCUUAUCGAUGGUCAAAAAGCUACAGGCCACGCGUCUACCUGCAGAUAUCCGGAAAGAAUGCCUCGAGGGCAUAGACGAAGUGUCGAGAGCCAGGAAGGGUGACUGGAUCGCCGUCUGGGGCGGUUCUUCGACGAGCGCUUUCAUGCUGAACCAACUUGCCCGACUUGUUGGUCUGAAAACCAUUAUCGCCAUCGAUCAUCGAAAGCACGCUCUCAAGAUUGCCUCUAACCCUGCCGCCCAACCAGACAUUGUGGUCGACAGUCACGACCCCCAACGAGCAAUCGAGAUCAUCAGAUCGGCCACCGAGAAGAAGCUCCGGUUUGCCGCCGACACAGUAGGCAAGGACACCGCGGGACAUCUUUUGGAUUGUUUACAACAACAAAAUGCACUCGACGACGAACCACUCUCCACCACAGCACAGGGAGACGUGCUUUCGUCUCAUCUGAUCGGCCUUUCGGGACUUCCCAAGGCCUCACCGCCGUCCAACGUCGCCUUCCACAAUGUACCGAUCAAACUGUUCCACGAAGUCCCCGAAGUUGGAGAGUCUUUGAUGCUGUGGCUGGAACGGCUGCUCAGCCAGGGCCUUCUGGUGCCUCCCACCGUGCUGGGGGUCCAAGAAGGUUUCGGUUCAAUCAAUCACGCCCUAGACUGCAUGAGAAGAGGUGAGGUGAGCGGUGGGAGACUCGUCGUGAGAGUCUCCUAG